AUGGCUUCUGCUACUCGUCUCCCUCUCAAAUCUAUCAUUUUUACUACGGCUGUAGUGGCGGCUGCGGGCGUCUCUCAUGUCAAUAUACAUAAAUUACUUGUCGAUACGUUUACAGGUCCAGGGAGUUAUUCGAGAAUCGCUGCUACGGUGAUUGUUUUAGCUAAUUUGAAAAGUUUACCAGGAGUUUGGCAUUUCCGAGUCUGGAACGCAAUUCUCAAACAUCUCAUUUUCACCACCCCCAAUAUCCCUUCCAAUCUCGGCCCGGCAUCACUCUUCCUCCCCACAAUAACCACAUCCCACGCUCCCCUCUGGGAAUGCGACUACAACCUCCACAAGUCUAACAGCACAUAUUUCUCGGACCUCGACGUCACUCGAUCCCAUAUCAUCUGUUGUCUCCUAGAACCUGGUAUCCAUGCCCUCCAAAAAAACACUUCGAAUAAACUCGUUCUCGAUAAAGAAGGAAAUGCGGUAAAAGGUCGUUGGGGCAUUAUGCUCGGUGGCGUAAUGUGUAAUUUCAAACGGGAAAUAGGCAUUUAUCAACAAUAUGAAAUGUGGAGUCGGAUUCUGUGUUGGGAUCGAAAGUGGAUUUAUGUCGUUACGCAUUUUGUGAAGAAGGGGACUGUUAGACCAAGGGGGUUUGUUUUAAGUGAUGGGUCGUGGUUUGGAGGCCGGAAUGCGAAGUUUGAGGAGGUGGAGGGUGAGGGUGAGGGAAAAGCGGAUCAGAAGGAUAUUGAGUUGGAUGAGAAGGCAAUUUUUGCGAGCGCGGUUAGCAAGUAUGUCAUGAAAUUGGGAAGAUUAACCGUUCAUCCCGAGGUGGUGUUGAAUGCUAGUGGGUUAUUGCCUGAGAGGCCGGGCGGUUGGCAUAGUAUGGAUAAUUCCGGGGCGUCGACACCGGAAAUGGAAGAGAGCUUUGUGGAUGCUAAGGUUGAGGAGGAGGAUGAGGUUAAGGAAGUAGAGAAUGAGGCGAAUCAAUGGGAUUGGAAGAGGGUUGAAGGGGAAAAUAAGAGGGGUUUACAGUAUGCAGAACAUUUUGCUGCGAUGGAGGGUUUGCAUCAGGAGUUUUCCGGGAGUCGGGAACCCGCGUUGGGGAAAUAUAGGGAUUUGUUGUAG